CGGAACAGGAAGUGAGGCAGGGUCCGGCGGCGUCCCCCUGCUAGCAGCUGUUGUAGGUUAUCAUGAGAUGCCUUGGGCCAGGUUUGAGGGCUCGGCGCCUGUUCCCACCCCGCUACCCGCCGCAGCCGCCGGGGCCUCGGGCGCCUCGGCUGUGCAGCGGGCUCACGGUUGGCGCCAUGGACGAGCUGCUGCGGCGAGCCGUGCCACCCACGCCAGCCUAUGAGCUGCGCGAGAAGACGCCGGCGCCCGCCGAGGCGCAGUGCGCCGACUUCGUGAGCUUCUACGGCGGCCUGGGAGAGACGGCCCAGCGCGCCGAGCUGCUCAGUCGCCUAGCGCAGGGCUUCGGCGUGGACCAUGGCCAGGUGGCCGAGCAGAGCGCCGGGGUGCUGCAGCUGCGCCAGCAGUCGCGCGAGGUGGCCGUGCUGCUGCAGGCCGAGGACCGGCUGCGCUAUGCGCUCGUGCCGCGCUACCGCGGCCUCUUCCAUCACAUCAGCAAGCUGGACGGCGGCGUGCGCUUCCUGGUGCAGCUGCGGGCCGAUCUGCUGGAGGCGCAGGCCCUCAAGCUGGUGGAGGGGCCGCACGUCCGGGAAAUGAAUGGAGUACUGAAGAGCAUGCUGUCCGAGUGGUUCUCUUCUGGCUUCCUGAGCCUGGAGCGGGUCACCUGGCACUCCCCCUGUGAGGUGCUUCAGAAGAUCAGUGAGUGUGAGGCUGUGCACCCUGUGAAAAACUGGAUGGACAUGAAGCGGCGUGUGGGGCCAUACCGGAGAUGCUACUUCUUCUCCCACUGCUCCACCCCUGAGGAGCCCCUGGUUGUCCUGCAUGUGGCUCUGACCGGUGACAUUUCCAACAACAUCCAGGGCAUCGUGAAGGAGGACCCUCCAUCUGAAACGGAGGAGAGGAACAGGAUCUCUGCUGCUGUCUUCUACUCCAUCAGCCUGACCCAGCAGGGCCUGCAGGGGGUGGAGCUCGGGACCUUCCUCAUAAAGCGAGUGGUCAAGGAGCUGCAGAAGGAGUUUCCUCACUUGGGGGCCUUCUCAAGCCUGUCGCCUAUACCUGGAUUCACCAAGUGGCUUCUUGGUCUCCUGAAUGUGCAGGGAAAGGAACAUGGGAGGAACGAGCUAUUCACAGACUCAGAGUGCAAAGAAAUCUCAGAGGUCACAGGUGACCCGGUUCACGAGAGCCUCAAGGGCUUCCUGAGCAGUGGUGAGUGGGUGAAGUCAGAGAAACUGGUGCAGGCACUGCAGGGGCCGCUGAUGAGGUUGUGUGCCUGGUACCUGUAUGGUGAGAAGCACCGAGGCUACGCCCUCAACCCAGUGGCCAACUUCCAUCUGCAGAAUGGGGCCGUGAUGUGGCGUAUCAACUGGAUGGCUGACAGCAGCCUGAAAGGCCUCACUAGCUCCUGUGGCCUCAUGGUCAACUAUCGCUACUACCUGGAGGAGACGGGCACCAACAGAAUCACCUACCUGGGCUCCAAGAGCAUCAAAGCCUCUGAGCAGGUCCUCAGCCUAGUGGCCCAGUUCCAGAAGAACAGCAAGCUCUAGGGACAUCCUCCCAAAGCCUGGGCCCUUGCUCAGAAAGGAACUGUGUGCGAUGGACCAGGCUUACUCACCGUAGGAACCUUUUCAGGGAAGCCACAGCUGUGCUGUGUCCCCUGACCUCAGCUGUCACUGUGCUGGCCGACUCACUGCUUGGAGGAGGUGCUGGUGUGGGUGCACACACUGUGGGAGAUAGCACUGUGCUCCUCCAGAAGCUGCCCUGCUGCCCCACAACCUGGGCCUUCAGGAAGCUCUGCGCUCUGCAGUGUCACCCGCAGGCUGCCCAUGCCCAGGACAGAACCCAGAGUACAGACCCUUGGAUCUUGUAGAGCUCACAGUCAUGUCUUCCUUCCUGUCUCUGCCAUGGCUGCUAUUGCAGCUUAUAGCUCAGACUGGAGGCUUUGUGACAUGCACAGGGCAUAGUUGGCCCCUCAAGGAUGCUGCUGCUUGAGGCCAGGGUUGGCUUAUGGGGCUUAAAUGAGAUUCCAGUUCAUAAUGAACUGAACAGUAAAGAACGAGUCUGUUCUAUAAACACUAAACAUGAUUGUUCACUACA